CCUCCGCUUUGGGGGGUUUUCCCACAUAAGGUGACGGGUUGUAGGUAUUCCGGUGGCUACCUAGCCUCAGAAAUGCUUCCCCAUUUAGCGGGACUUGAUUAGUGCGUCUCAGUGCAGAUACAUUGGGUGGGUGGAUGGGAUUAACCAUCGGCACUGUAGGCGUUGUGGUCUAUUCCUCUUCAGUGGAGACGUCCAUCUUCGGACUCAAAGAUAUUAAAUGGCUAGCUGUGGCCGGGGGAAGGCAAGAGAUGCGUCCCCGGGCUAGUAUCUGGUGUUUGUGUUUAUGUUCUAUCAAUGUUAGCUUAAGCUUAAUUGUCUUGCUAUAUGCCACUAUCGUCGGCGUGCUAGUAAGCGUGAGCCGGUCCUAUGAGUUAGGUUUCAGAACUUACGACCUCGCGAUCCACAAUGGAUAUGUCUCACCCCAGUUUUCAUCUUACCUUUACCCUUUGUCAAGGUCAAGUUCCCUAGACUAUAGUUUCUAUGCCGUACGUGAUCCAUGUGAGUGUGAGCAAAGAGCCGACGACUGCAGCAUGGGGAGCGAUACCACUCCGUUUCCACAGUAUUUCCCGCCUUUGUCAAUGCUUCUCGCAGUGACGCGCUAAUAAUAGCAGGAGGUAACAACGAAUACCGAAUUCGAGAAGGAUAUGGCCUGAAUGAGGUUUAUCAUGGUUGUUGUCAGCAGUAAUAUU